UUAGGUGUCGUCGAGCCAAUGAGUGAAGCAAGAUGGCCCUUACUCUGCUAGUGCUGAUCGUUGUAAGUCCAAUAUUCUUAGAUGCAAGUUCUCAACAUAGCAGCGCAAAAGGAGAGGUGUCGAUCUUGGGUAUGAUGCUGCAAGGACACAUCUUCAAGAAUAUCACAAAAGCGGCUUUCGGUGAUGUGUGUUUACGGGAAUGUUACCAAGACAUCAGAUGCCAGAGUUUUAACUACGUCUUUACCGAAGACAUUUGCGAAUUGAGCAACCGUACUAAGGAAGCCAGACCAGAAGAUUUUGUACCAAACUUUGAACGAUAUUAUUUCAGAAAAGACAUGAAGAGAGUGCCUCUCGGGUCCGUUCCAGAACUUCCGGCUGAAACGUGUAAAGAGAUUAAAACAAGUGAAGGAGGGCAAGCGGUCAGUGCGAGAUACUGGAUUUUCUCCAUCAUACCUGAAAAGAUUGUAUUCGCUUACUGCGACAUGAAAACAGAAGAUGUUGACGAAUGCAGUUCUUCCAUCUUUGACUGUGAUCCAAAGGCCAAUUGUCAGAACACAGAAGGCUCAUAUCGUUGUCAGUGUUUGACUGGAUUCUUUGGUGACGGGAAAUCUUGCUCCGAUGUUGACGAAUGCAGCUCUUCCGCCCCCGUCUGUGAUCCAAAGGCCAAUUGUCAGAAUGCGAAAGGCACAUUUCAUUGUCAGUGUGUGAGUGGAUUCUCUGGUGAUGGGAAAUCUUGCAUCGAUGUUGACGAAUGCAGCUCUUCCAUACCCGUCUGUGAUCCAAAUGCCAAUUGUCAGAAUACUGAAGGCUCAUUUCACUGUCAGUGUGUGAGUGGAUUCUCUGGUGAUGGGAAAUCUUGCACAGCCACUAAUGAGGACGCUCCUAUCCGUUUAAUGGGCGGUGGAGCAAACUACGGCCGUGUAGAGGUUUAUCACAACGGGAAGUGGGGCACAGUGUGUGAUGAUCACUGGACAAUUAACGAAGCCAAUGUGGUUUGUCGUCAGCUCGGCUUCUCUAGUGCAUCUCAGGCUAGUUGUUGCGCUAAAUACGGUCAGGGUUCUGACCCAGUCUGGAUGGAUGAUGUCUACUGCCAAGGGGGAGAGGCAAUGUUAUCUCGAUGUGCGUUCCCUGGCUGGGAAAAACAUAACUGUGUACAUAGUGAGGAUGCCAGUGUGGCGUGCAAUAACUAGACUGGUCGCAAAGAAAAAAAAAUUUCCUUAAAACAAUUUUUUUUGUAACAAGUUAUUUCGUGGCAUUGAUCUCACGACCUUAUUGUAGCAUUGUCAUAUUGACACGUUGCUAGUUUUUGAUCUCGGUUCAAAAAUUAGCAACGCAAGAUGACGAAUAUUUGCAAGAUCAACAAUCAUGCUUGGAGGCAAACAGUACUUGUCAAUUACAUCCGAACCAGCCAAUUAGCACGUGUGAGAGGCACUGUUUACGUAUUUGGUACACUCGCCACAAUGAGAUAAUUACCGAAUACAACAUAUUAAAAUAUUUUAGGGCAGUUAAGGUUUACCAAUAAUUUCGGUAAUCAUUAUCCGUGGCGUAUUUUGAACAAUCAUCUCAUUUUUCUAUUGUUUAAACACAUUAGCGACACCGCUGUAGACGUACAUCUUUUUUUUCCGCCUUUUAUGGAAUUUUUUUGGCACGUGCACCCGAAAAAAAAAAUGGAAAACAAAGCCCUUCUAGUUAUUCUGCGGAGCAUAUUUCGUAUAAGACCUAAGGAUCGAAAGCAAAAAAAAAAAAGAUGAUAUGAAAGAUAGAAAUGAUGAUGAUAACAAUUAUCAUAGUGUUUAACAAACAAGAGCUUGUUAAACAUGAGAGCUUUAGGAGGCUUAAAUUUGGCAAGACUGUCUCUUUAAAAAUAAUCUCGUGUAACGUAGCGUUAGUAGUAGUUUUCGCAGCAAAUUUGCGAUAAAAGGUGUAUUGUGUAAGAGCAGUAUUGGUAGAAGGUUCGGUACAGGCAACGCUAUUAUUUGAUUUACGUAAUGAUAAGUAAGUCUCCAAGAGGACUCAGUGCUGGAAAUAGCGAGAUAAUACAUUUAGAUAGACGAAUUUAAUAAGCAACAAGGAGGGGUUGCCAUAGACCUCCUAAUGGUAACAUGAUCAGCAAUCGUUUGUGUUCAUGAAAAUUAGCCUUAUUAUUCUUGCCUUUGAAUGAAAACUUAAUAAUUUGUACACAUGUAACUGGAGCUAGAAUGGUUAAUUCACAUUAAUGUAAGUGAAUGACAGUUAGUUUUGCCAUCUAUGGAAGUCAAAUGUAUUUGAUAGCAGCAAGUCUAAGGCCUUGUGCCGUUAAGGUACUUUUUUCAGAGCGUGUAUUCAAUCAUGACCAAUUUAUAUACCUUUGAUAGUAAUAGAAUAUAAUUGCUGUACAUGUUGGUGUUACAAUGAAAAAAAAUUAAAUAUGACUUUGGACCA